CAAUAUGAUAUUUAACUCAACUAAAUAUGAAAAAUGAAAACCUUCCUAAAGAGAAGUCAGGCGAUUGAAAGAAACAAAUUAGUAAAAAUGAAAAGAGAGUGUAACAAACACACAAUUCAAUUAUGUACGAUUUAUAUAAUAUACUUGUAUAUUAAUUAGUGAAUUUCAUUUCAAGUUAUUGAACCGGAACUGAUCGAAAUGUUCUCAUUUUUUAUGAAUUUCUUUUAUUUUUUUGCUACUCGCACAGCCCUCAAUUCAUUCAUAUGUAUUUAUUAAGUAGUUCAAAUCAAAGUGACAACAACGCAUCAUAUAUACAACAUAUAUUUAACAAAUGAAAUGAAAAUAACAGAUAACCAUUAAAAGGCUCACAAUUCCGAGCUAGCAUCGAAUUCGUAACUCGAAAAUUAAACUAAAAACGCCAACAUCAAAUUAUAGCCUUAAUAAAAUGAAAACAACACUGCGAACGGCGAAAUUUUCGUGUUUUCUUUCAACUAAUCGAUCUCUGCGAAAUUCAUUUUGAAAUCGCAUUUAUUUUGCCGGUAAAACUUAUUUCGUUUUACAACACUGACCGCUGUUGAUUGUGUUGUGUAGCCCUGUUCACAAUUUUUCAACUUGUCAACACUGCUCGUAAGCAGAAAGUGCAGUUUCAUUCUAUAAAUUUGUUUAAACCAAUUGUUUACAUUUUAAAACCAUUUCAAAAAUGGAAAGUUGUGCUGUCUUGAAGCCACAACAAACGGCAGGCAAUGUUGCAGUCAAAGGUCAAACGACAGCUGCGCUGGAACCCUUUACAUCACACGUGGCCCAGCUGGACAAGGGCUUGGUGCAGUGCACGUUGCGUGUCCUCAAGAUGAACGGCAGCACUAUGCUCUUCCUGCAUGCCAAGGACUCAAACCGUCUGGACGAGCUGGCCGUUGCAAUGCCAGCACGUCCGCCCAGCAAGGAUACAAUUGGCACCACGUUUAUGGGCGAGUCGGGACAAAGUGAUUCCCUGGUCAUGGCCACAAAACUGAGUGCUCGGUAUGGACGUCAGUUCUAUGUGAGCAUGAACAUUCGACUGGAUAAUCUGACGAGACCAGUAUUUGAAAAAGAGCUUGUCACAUAUAUGAAAGACAAUCUCCAGCACUUUGUAUGAGUAAAAGACUUCGGCUGCAGUGCAGCAUAGUAUGUACAUAUUCAUAUUUAAGCAUUUAUGAUUAAAGCAAACUAAGGCGCUUAGUACAAAAUGUAUUUUUACUUACAUCAAUAUA